UAUAUAUAUGUAAUGGUCUCGGAGAUUACUCAGUCACUCAUGCAAUUGCUGAAACUUCAGAUCUACAGAUUCAUUGUUGGAGGAGUUCUGUGAAAACUUCAAGGUGAAAUAUGUACCAUUAUCAUCAUCAAAUGAGGAUCUUUCUACAACAACAUAAUGAUUUGUUGAGGGCAGAGAACAUGGCCAUGGUUCAGGCCUUAAACUCUUCAUCUCCAUCUAUCUGUUUAUCUUGUGAUGGGCCCAUCGUUUCAACUGAAGAAAGUGAACUAUCAUUGGAGAAUGCUCUUCUCCGGUCAGAGAUUGAUACAUUGACUUGCUUUAUAAUGAGGUUAAGUUCAUUUAGAAGCCUUUAUCCUACAGUUGGUGCAUCUAUGUCGAAAUGGCAUUACGCAGUGGCAGUUAUGACUUCACUUUCACUCAAAGAAGUUGUUUCUCUUUCGAGACAAGGAACUCCGAUGUGGACAAGUAACGAGAGACUAAAUCUUGACGAGUAUUACUCUAUAUGUUUUCCUUGGUUUGCAAGAAAUGCACCUGGGUUUGUACAUGAGGUCUCAAGAGCUUCUGCAUUGGUCCCCUUCGAUGCUUCGUUGCUUGUGGAAAAUCUUACGAAUCAUGUGAAUUGGCAAAAAAUCUUUCCAUCAAUCAUCGCCGAUGUGUCUAUGGAAUCUCACCAUCGAUUAUUUCAAUUGCUUAAUGUGGAUUUUAUGCCACAAAUCUCUCCGUUAAUUCAAACUCGAAAUGUGAAGCUUCUUCGACGCUCAAUGCAUAUUGAGAAUGAUACAUGGGUUAUCGCAUAUAUCUCUAUGUAUUUUAGCUCAUAUGAACGACACUCACGCCCCAAUUUCAUGAGAUUUCCUUCUGGAUAUCUUGUCCAGCGUGUAGCCAACGGUAUCUCCAAGGUCACUGUUCUCGACCACUGGGUUUAUAAGGAAGAAGAAGUCAGAAACAUUUUCAUAUCAAAUUCAGCGUUUGGUGCAUAUAGAUGGCUUGCUGCUCUUCAAAAGCAUUGCUACAACAUUUGGUCUAUUUCGAUUUCUUCACUUGGUCACCAAAUUCAAAUAUUCGGCCCGAUAUGUCAUACGAACUUGCUUAACCUAUCUACAUCUAUGGUUUACGCAUUUUGUACGGGAGUUUGCGGGACACCAAGACAAAAGUGGAAGCGCCUCGGUACAAUUGGAUCUUCGGUCAGUAAGAUUAGAAUGUUCAACCGAGAAAGUCGAGACAUGAAAGGGAUCCCUUGCGUUUUCAUUAGUGCUACUGGUAUGACAAGAAUGCAAGCUACACCAGAAGUCAUUUUUGGGUUAAUCAACCGUGCGAAAAAACAAGAUAUAUGGAAACAUCUGAACUCUGUUAGAGAUAUGAAAGAGCUUAUCCGUAUCAAAAGAUCUCCAAGUCCAGGAAAUGAAGUUUCUGUUUUCAGCAUUGAGUGGACUAGUUCUACAGAGUGGUAUAUGAUUCAAGAAACAUACUUGGACGCAUCAGGGGCAAUGAUAAUCUACGCUUGCAUAGAAGCACCAUAUUUUACGGCUGUAAUAAACGGUGGAGACUUGUCCGACAUCAAACUUUUGCCUUGCGGAUUCACGAUGAUGCCACAUGGAUUACAAGGAAGUCUCGUGUCGGCUGCAUAUCAAGUAAAGACCUACCAAACCAGUGUCACAAACUCGGAAGAGUUGAUGAGCUAUAUUAAGAGUAUGGUCACUGAUACUCUAGGAAACGUCCGAAAUGCGUUUUCCACCUAUCGUUAAAGCUUUAUAGCUUCUUAAGUUCUUUAUUAUGUUUUAUUGAUGUUAAUUUCGUUUCAAGAGUUUGGGAUUUGGUAUUUGAACUUUAUUUCUAUAAACUAUGUUAUGUCUAUCUUUAAAAAGAUAGCAAAUAAAUGGUGGUCAUGUUCUUUCUUUUCUCUAAUCUUAGAAUUUGAUGUAUUUUUAUAUGA